AUGCACUGCGAGGUGGCGGAGGCGCACUCAGACAAGAGGCCGAAGGAGGCCCCCGGCGCUCCGGGUCCAGGCCGCGGGCCCACUGGCCUCGGCGGCACGCACAUGGCUUUCAGGGUCACCGUGAGCGGCGGCGGCUGCGUGGAUGGGGCCCCGCGUGACCUGCUGCCCCGGCCGCCUGUGCCGCCGCCGUGCGCCCACGACCUCCUCCGGCCGCGGAGCCCCCGAGACUACGGGCCGUCCAAGGCCGCCGCCACCGCCGCCGCCGGGAAGGUGAACGGGAGCUACGGCCACUGCACCCCAGGCUCAGACAAGAGCCUGCUGGACCUGGACCUUGCGGAGGGCCCCGGCCCCACCUGCCGCCAGGGCCUUUUUCUCCCUGCGGGCACCCCACCACCCCGGGGCCAGCCCCCAGCCUGCGAGAGGCUCCUGCAUUUCCCCCACCCUAGCAGGUCGCCCAGACCUCAGGCCACGUAUGUGAAUGGUGGCCUUCCGGCCACGCAGCACAUCAAGCAGGAGUCCCUGCCUGACUACCAGGCCAUGACAGAAGCUCGCACACCCUUGUCCGCUCACUGCCGGGCCCCGCCAGCCACUGGCCUGCACACAGACCUGGACCUGCCGGGCCGAGGCCUCGCUAACCCCGCACCUUCCUGCUACCUUCUGGGCUGCGAACCCAGCUCUGGCCUGGGCCCCCCGCCUGAGGCCCACCUCCCUGAGGGUAGCCUAAAGCGUUGCUGCCUCCUGGGCCUGCCCCCCACCUCCUCGGCCUCCUCCUCACCCUGCGCCUCCUCCGAUGUCACCUCCAUCAUCCGCUCUUCCCAGACAGCUCUGGUCACCUGCAUCAAUGGACUCCAGAGCCCCCCGCUGCCAGGAGAGCUGGGGGGGCCUCCCAAGCGGGCCCGGCCUGGCCCUGCGACCACGGAGAGCCACGAGGGUGGUUUGCAGCUGGAAGCCUGCCGGAAGGGGGGCUUCCUGAAGCAGGAGCCCGCGGACGAGUUCUCAGAUCUCUUUGGGCCGCCUCCCCAGCAAGGCCUGCCUCCCCCCUACCCUGCGCCUCAGUUGCCGCCGGGCUCGGGCCUUGGAGGCCUGGGGUUGGGUCUGGGCAGGGGGGCGGCGGGCCGGCAGGCCUGCCGGUGGGUGGACUGCUGUGCGGCCUACGAGCAGCAAGAGGAGCUGGUGCGGCACAUCGAGAAGAGCCACGUUGACCAGCGCAAGGGCGAGGACUUCACCUGCUUCUGGGCGGGCUGCGUGCGCCGCUACAAGCCCUUCAACGCCCGCUACAAGCUGCUCAUCCACAUGAGGGUGCACUCGGGCGAGAAGCCCAACAAGUGCAUGUUUGAAGGCUGCAGCAAGGCCUUCUCGAGGCUGGAGAACCUCAAGAUCCACCUGCGGAGCCACACGGGCGAGAAGCCAUACCUGUGCCAGCACCCAGGCUGUCAGAAGGCCUUCAGCAACUCCAGCGACCGUGCCAAGCACCAGCGCACCCACCUUGACACGAAGCCCUACGCCUGUCAGAUCCCUGGCUGCUCCAAGCGCUACACGGACCCCAGCUCCCUCCGCAAGCACGUGAAGGCCCAUUCAGCCAAAGAGCAGCAGGUGCAUAAGAAGCUGCACGCAGGCCCUGAGCCCGAGGCCGACGUCCUGACCGAGUGUUUGGCCCUGCAGCAGCUCCAUGGGUCCACACAGCUGGCCGCCAGCGACAGGAAGGGGGGCCGCACCCUGGGCCAGGAGCUGCUCCCAGGCGUGUAUCCUGGCUCCAUCACCCCCCAUAACGGGCUCGCAUCGGGCAUCCUGCCCCCCAUGCACGAGGUCCCUUCCAGGCACCACCCCCUGGACGCCAGCACCAGUUCCCACCACCAUCUGUCCCCUCUGCCCACGGCUGAGAGCACCAGGGACGGGUUGGGACCCGGCCUCCUCUCCCCUAUGGUCAGCCCACUGAAGGGGCUCGGGCCACCACCGCUGCCACCAUCCUCUCAGAGCCAUUCUCCGGGGGGCCAGCCCUUCCCCACACUCCCCAGCAAGCCACCCUACCCGCCUUUCCAGAGCCCUCCACCCCCACCUCUGCCCAGUCCACAAGGGUACCAGGGCACUUUCCACUCCAUCCAGAAUUGCUUCCCCUAUGGCGACUGCUACCGGACAGCUGAGCCCGCAGCCGGUGGGGACGGUCUGGCCGGGGAAGCCCACGGUUUCAACCCUCUGCGGCCCAAUGGCUACCACGGCCUCAGCGCACCUUUACCUGCCACCGGCUACGAGGCCCUGGCCGAAGCCCCCUGCCCCACAGCGCUGCCACCACAACCACCCGAAGACAUGGUGUCCAGUGGCCCUGAGGACUGCAGCUUCUUCCCCAACGGGCCCUUUGACCACUGCCUGAGUCACAUCCCGUCCAUCUACACGGACACCUGA